GGACACUAUAUUAGUUGUCUGUGAAGUGCCUUUAAAUAGUCACAAUGGAGAUCUCAAGCCUUCCUCUGUGAACUGAACUGGCCUGUGUCCAACUGGGGCAUCUCUUUCCCAGUAGCUGAAUGGGAAAUAAGUGCUCCUUUGUGAUGUUUGCUCUGAAUCAGUAGCAUCUUUCUGGAUUCGGACCAGAUGGCUGCCACAGGUCCUUAGAGCUCAGCAACGCAAUCUCCUCCUUCUCACGCCUCUUACGAGAGACAAGGCGCAGCUCAGGAGGCUGGGCUUUCAAUGUGGCCUGAUGCUGAUGUAACAAGCCAAAAAAAAAAAAAGCAUCAGGAAAAUGUGAUUCACUGCUUCGCAGCAUCCAAGGUUGCAUAUUUCAUCCUCCUCUUGUGAUAAGAAUGGACACUAAAGCCAAGUGAACAGGCGUUUGCUUCCUCUUGAGAUACAUACAACGUUUGUUCCUCAACUCUUCGUGGAUUGAAUUGAUUCUGAAAAUCACAUUUCUGUUGGAUAUAUUUUUGCCUUGAGAGAACUCAGACUCUUGAAAUCCCCAAAGGACAGGAGACAGAUCAAAAUAGACUGAGAAAGGAAAAAAAAAUCUUUCGACGAUGAAUUUUAAGCUCAGGCUACGCACCCUUCUCUUGCUCCCUGUGUACCUCUUGAUCAAUGUGUACAGUACCCUUGUAUUCAUACCAUGGUAUUUUCUUACCAAUGCAAAGAAGAAAAAAGCAAUGGCAAAGCGUUUAAAGGCUAAGCCCGUCUCGGAGAACCCCGGAAGCCCGUACCGAUCAAUUUCACAUAUUGAGUCACUAGCCACCAUAGACUUUCCUGGAGCGGACACUCUGGAUAAAUUGUUCGACUACGCCGUAACCAGGUUUGGGAAAAAGGACUGCCUUGGAACCAGAGAGAUCCUGAGUGAAGAGAAUGAAAUGCAGCCCAAUGGAAAAGUAUUCAAAAAGCUAAUCCUUGGAAGUUAUCGGUGGCUAAACUAUGAAGACAUGAACCAGAAACUGAACCACUUGGGCAGCGGUCUUGCGGCACUUGGGUUAAAGCCAAAGAGCACGGUUGCUAUCUUCUGUGAAACCCGAGCCGAAUGGAUGCUUGCAGCACAAACCUGUUUCCGAUAUAACUUUCCUCUGGUUACAUUAUAUGCGACCCUUGGAGAAGAAGCAGUAACCUAUGGCUUGAAUGAAUCUGGGGCAUCGUAUCUGAUCACUAGCACAGACCUUUUGGAAGGCAAACUUAAGAACACAUUGUCAGAAAUCCACAACCUCAGACAUAUUAUUUAUGUGGAUAAUAAGACCAUCAACACAUCAGACUAUCCGAAAAGACUGGAGAUUCAUAGUAUGCAAGCGGUAGAAGAGCUGGGAGCCAAACCAGAAAAUUUAAGCACCCCUCCAAGCAGACCUGUUUCGACAGACAUGGCCUUAGUCAUGUAUACAAGCGGCUCCACUGGAAGGCCUAAAGGAGUGAUGAUGAUGCAUAAAAACCUCAUAGCUGGAAUGACAGGGCAGUGUGAGCGGAUACCUGGACUGGGACCCAAAGACACAUACAUCGGCUACUUGCCUCUGGCGCAUGUAUUAGAACUGACAGCAGAGAUUUCCUGUAUUACUUACGGCUGUCGGAUUGGCUACUCCUCUCCUCUCACGCUUUCAGACCAGUCAAGUAAAAUUAAAAAAGGAAGCAAAGGAGAUUGUACCGUUCUGAAGCCCACCUUGAUGGCAGCUGUGCCUGAAAUUAUGGAUCGAAUUUAUAAGAAUGUUAUGAGUAAAGUUCAAGAGAUGAACUACAUCCAGAAAACGCUGUUUAAGAUAGGCUAUGACUACAAACUGGAACAAAUUAAACGGGGAUAUGAUGCACCACUCUGCAACUUGCUGUUGUUUAAGAAGGUGAAAGCCUUGCUAGGAGGGAAUGUCCGCAUGAUGCUUUCGGGAGGAGCACCCCUCUCUCCUCAGACGCAAAGGUUCAUGAAUAUCUGCUUCUGCUGCCCCGUUGGCCAAGGCUAUGGGCUCACGGAGACCUGUGGGGCAGGGACAAUUACGGAAGUGUCUGACUACAGUACCGGCAGAGUCGGGGCGCCUCUAAUCUGCUGUGAGAUUAAACUGAGAGAUUGGCAAGAAGGAGGCUACACAAGUAGAGACCAGCCCAACCCGAGGGGAGAGAUCAUCAUUGGUGGGCCCAACGUCUCCAUGGGAUACUUCAGGAACGAGGAGAAAACGGCAGAAGAUUUUAUCGCUGACCAAAAUGGCCAGUACUGGUUUUGUACUGGGGACAUCGGGGAGUUUCAUCCUGACGGCUGUCUACAAAUCAUAGAUCGCAAAAAAGACUUGGUAAAAUUGCAGGCCGGAGAAUACGUCUCGCUUGGCAAAGUGGAGGCUGCCCUGAAAAACUGUCCCUUUAUUGACAACAUCUGCGCUUAUGCCAAAAGUGACCAGUCGUACGUCAUCAGUUUUGUGGUUCCCAACCAAAAGAAGCUGACGGCGCUUGCGGAACAGAAGGGAGUGACCGGCAGCUGGGUGGACAUCUGCAACAACCCCCUCAUGGAGGCAGAAGUCUUGAAGGAGAUUAAAGAAAUGGCAAGCAAAAUGAAACUGGAGAGAUUUGAGAUCCCGGUCAAGGUGCGCCUAAGCCCCGAGCCGUGGACCCCGGAGACAGGCCUCGUGACGGACGCUUUCAAGCUGAAGAGGAAAGAGCUGAAGAACCAUUACCUCAACGACAUUGAGCGAAUGUACGGGGGGAAAUAGCCUCCCAAGCCGUUCUGAAGUCAGAAACGGGUCAAGAGACAUUAUUCCUUCAAACGUGGCAUUUUUUUCCUUGUGUCCCUGGAGGCAGGCAACGCUGGAAAGGAGGAACUAACAGAGCCACACGUCUUCAAGAUGCUGUCAAAGCGAGUGACCACUGCCAUGGUUUCAUGCGAUCACCUCCCGCCCUGGACGGUCGUGGUCACAUGAAACUCCCUCAUUGGAUCAACCACGGUUUCUGCCUUUAUAUUCCGGCUUCUCUUACCUGUGAGGAGUUAGAUCGCCUAAUUCCAAUACGAUACGUUGUUGUUGUUUUGAGGGUUUUUUUUGUAAUGGAGGAAAGAUAAUGUAUAUAUGGGGAAAAAGUGAAGGAAAACGGUAGGCCAGGCUGUGUCCUUUUCAGUAUGCUGCUCAGAAAUUGACAAUCUCAGGUCCUUUGCCCGGGAGAGUAUCUCCUUUUGAUUGUCACAGAGAAAAAAAGGAGAAAAGUUUGUAUUGUCGAAGGCUUUCAUGGCCGGAAUCACCGGGUUGCUGUGAGUUUUCCAGUCUGUCUGGCCAUGUUCCAGAAGCAUUCUCUCCUGAUGUUUCUCCCACAUCUAUGGCAGGCAUCCUCAGAGGUUGUAAGGUCUGUUGGAAACUAGGAAAAUGGGGUUUAUAUAUCUGAGGAAUAAUGUCCAGGGUGGGAGAAAGAACUCUUGUUUGUUGGAGGCAAGUGUGAAUGUUGCAAUUGGCCACCCUGAUUAGCACUGAAUGAUCUUGCAGCUUCAAAGUCUGUCUGCUUCCUGCCUGGGGGAAUCCUUUGUUGAGAGUUGUAAGCUGGCCCAGAUUGUUUUCUGUCUGGCAUUUUCCUGUUGUUUGAGUGUUGUUCUUUAUUUAUUUGUUUAUUUAUUUCAGAUAUUUGUACCCCGCCCUUCUCAACCCCCCAGCAACAAUUUGAUGUCUCCAAUAUACACAUAAUAAAAUCCAUAAUAAAAUCCAAUAAUUACAUACAUUUAAAACAUUAAAUCACAUUAAUGAAUUAAAAUCUGUUUCCGUUUCAAUAACAGCCUGGUGGCCUUAUCUGAGUCGAAUUCUGUAGUUAGAGACUCCAUCACGCACGUCCAUAUUCCAUAUCCAUAGCGAUUGUCAUCAUUUUCACUGUCCUGGUUUUAGACAGGAAGAUCUGGGCUUUGAAGCUGCAAGGCCAUUCAGUGCUAAUCAAGGUGACCAAUUGCAACAUUCACAUUUACCUCCUGCAGACAAGUUCUUUCUCCCACCCUGGACAUUAUUCCACAGAUAUAUAAAUCUCAGUUGCCUAGUUUCCAACAGACCUCACAACCUCUGAGGAUGCCUGUCAUAAAUGUGGGCAAAACGUCAGGAGAGAAUGCUUCUGGAACAUAGCCACACAGUCUGAAAAAAUCACAGCAACCCAGGAGAAAAGUUGUCUUCUGAAACGUUGCUUCCACAGAGCCAAAAACUGACAGACCAACACACAACAUGUUGAUUCCUGUAACGGAAACCCCAUAGCAAAUCCUAAUGGAAUAUACACAAUGUGCAGUAUCUUAAGCUGCUAAAGAGGACCUUCUGGCUGUGUGGAAGUCUUCCUGUGGUACUUUGAGAGCAUUCAGAGCCCAGUUAUUUCUUAUUUGACUUCAGAGGUGGAAGCGCAGCCUUGAACGCCAGUAUUUUUCUUCUCCGAUCUUUCCUGCCACUCACUUGAGCACAGGCCACAUCUUUCCCUCCCAACAACCCACUAAUUCAACGUGGAAGGGACAAAAAUGAUGGAUAUUGCCUGUAUUUUUCAUUACUUGGAGUAUUUAUAGUGCCUCAAAGGGAGACUAGUAUACUUACAAAGAACAGAGCUGAACUUAAAAAGAUCUGCAAACGAACUCAAUCUUGUCUUCCCCUUUUGACACUGCCAUUUGGAUUAUUUAUCUUACUCCAGAAGGAUUUUAAGUGACAGGUUUAGUGGUUGUUACCAUCACUGACACUGCUUUGGCUUGCAAUAGUAAGGAUAGUACAGGCAUGGGCAAAUUUGGGCCUUCUGGGUGUUUUGGACUUCAACUCCCAUAAUUCCUAACAGCCUCAGGCCCCUUCCUUUCCCUCCUCAGCCGCAUAAACGCCUUCAGCAGCUCAUUAAACCAGAGCACACUCCAAAUUCUGUCUCCCUCUGCUUCCCUUGGCAUUUUGCAUAGCUGAAGCCUGAACAAAAAUGUAACUGUAACAAAAAGUCCCAGGCUCAGCCUGCACCCCUGACAUUGCCCAACCAGCUUAAGCAGCCGAGGGGGGAAAGGAAGGGGCCUGAGGCUGUUAGGAAUUGUGGGAGUUGAAGUCCAAAACACCCAGAGGGCCCAAAGUUUCCCCAUGGCUGGGCUAGUACAAUUUUCAGAUCCAAUGUAUUGUUGAAGGCUUUCAUAGCCGGGAUCACUGGGUUGUUGUGAGUUUUCUGGGCUGUAUGGCUGUGUUUCAGAAGCAU